UUUGUUUCCAAGGGUGAGAGACCUCUGAGGUGUGAAUUGGUCAUUAACAUAUCUUUUGUUUCCAAGGGUGGGAGAGGUCUGAGGUGUGAAUGGUCAUUAGCAUAUCUUUUGUUUCCAAGGGUGGGAGAGGUCUGAGGUGUGAAUUGGUCAUUACAAUUGUUUUGUCCAUCUGAGGGGUGGGAGAGGUCUGAGGUGUGAAUGGUCAUUAGCAUAUCUUUUGUUUCCAAGGGUGGGAGAGGUCUGAGGUGUGAAUUGGUCAUUACAAUGUGUGACAAGCUUGGUGGGAACAUCCUGUGUUCAGUGUUUUGUC